CAUACCUGGUUUUUGUCAUAGGGGACAAACAGCCACAUUUUUCCACCGCAGCUGAAGGUCAAGCUGAGAUAUAAAAGAAGGAGAGAGGGGUUAGUUCCUGGCAGAAACGUUCAGACACACUGCAGAUAUGCUCAGGUUUCUGGUGUUGACAAGCCUCGCAGCCAUGGUGCUGGCUGAGCUGGAGCCCCAGCCCAGGUACCUGGAGGACAAUUUUGAGAGGGUUGUGGGAGGUGAGGUGGCCAAACCCAACUCCUGGCCCUGGCAGAUCUCCCUUCAGUACAAAUCUGGCAGCCGCUACUACCACACCUGUGGAGGAACCCUGAUUGAGAGAGGCUGGGUUAUGACUGCUGCUCACUGUGUGGAUAGCAGCAGGACGUGGCGUGUCAUUAUCGGUGAGCACGACCUCAACAGCAACAGUGGCAGAGAGCAGAUCAAAGAGGUCGCCCAGGUUUACAUCCACCCCAGAUGGGACUCUGGCAGAGUGUCCAAUGGGUACGACAUUGCCCUGCUGCGUCUGUCCUCCGCCGCCACCCUGAACUCCUAUGUCCAGCUGGGCUCUCUGCCUCCCUCCGGCCAGAUUCUGCCCCACAACAACCUCUGCUACAUCACUGGAUGGGGACGCACCUCCACUGGUGGUAGCCUGUCGGCCCAGCUCAAGCAGGCCUAUCUUCCUCUGGUCGACCACAAGACCUGCACCAGCUACGGCUGGUGGGGCAGCACUGUUAAGAACACCAUGGUGUGUGCUGGUGGUGGUGCUGAGUCUGGAUGCAAUGGUGACUCUGGUGGCCCUCUGAACUGCAUGGUCAAUGGAAAAUACUACGUCCAUGGUAUUGCCAGCUUUGUGUCUGGUUUGGGCUGCAAUGCUGCCAAGAAGCCCACCGUCUUCACUCGCGUGUCCGCCUACAUUGAGUGGAUGGACUCGAUCAUGAUGUAAACAGAUGACUUGUCGAUGUUGGAGGACACAGAGACCGCAUUCAACCAUCUGUUCAUCUGCUUGUGCUUCUUCACUUGUCUGGCCUCAUUUUGCAAAAAUAAACUUGAUUAAAGUUUG